AUGCCGAGCGUGCAGAGCGUGAUCUGCGACAUAGCAGUAAUUGCUUUCAUUGAUGAAGUUGGUUUCUACUAUUCGCACAGGUUAUUCCAUCACCCGUGGUCAUACAAACGCAUCCACAAGAUUCACCACGAAUGGACAAGCCCCACAGCGCUGAUCACGAUGUACUGUCACCCCAUCGAACACGCCGUCGCCAACCUGUCACCGCUAAUGAUCGGAGCUAUAGUCGUCAGAGCGCACGCGCGCGCCCUCACCAUGCUCGUCGCGCUAACCGUCGGCAUCUGGUUCUCCAUAAACGACCACUGCGGUUAUCAUUUCCCACUUAUGACGUCACCCAAGGCACACGACUUUCACCACUUGAAAUUUAAUGCCAACUUUGGCCCGCUUGGGAUUUUAGACUGGCUUCACAAAACCAAUAAGACGUUUAAGAAAUACGAAAACUACCAAAGGCAUAGAAUUCUCAUUGGAACUACUCCACUGUCCGAAAGGAUUCCGGACAAGAAACCAAGCACUGCCAA